AUAAUAAUUAACACAAGCAUAUAUUGUAUUUCCUUAAUUUCUUUUCUCUCUCUCUCUCUUUCUCUAUUUUCCUUUGAUUUACUUCUUCUUUUUAUUUAUGCCAACUAUCGAAGAAUUAAUACCUUUAUUUCUUACGAUUAGCAUCGUAAUUGGAACUUAUUAUUAUUUCAAUUCGAAAAGAAAAAUAUUAGAUCCUAAAGUAUUUAGAAGCUUUAAACUCAUUGAAAAGACUUAUGUUUCACAUAACACAUCAAAGUAUCGUUUUCAAUUACCACAACCUGAUGAUGUAUUAGGAUUACCUGUUGGUCAACACAUUUCUAUCAUGGCAGAAAUCAAUGGUAAAAAAAUUUCAAGGAGUUAUACACCUAUUACACCAGAAGAAGAUAGAGGGCAUUUUGAUCUAGUUAUUAAGUCUUACCCCACAGGAAAUAUAUCAAAAUUAAUGGGAGAAUUAAAAGUAGGUGAUUCAGUAGGUAUGAGAGGACCUAAGGGGAGUUUUGAAUAUACCUGUAAUAUGGUGAGAGCUAUUGGUAUGAUUGCAGGUGGUACAGGAAUUACACCUAUGCUUCCAAUUAUUCGACGUGUGUGUAAUAAUCCAGCAGAUAAGACAAAAAUUGAUUUAAUUUUUGCAAAUGUGACUGAAGAGGAUAUAUUGUUAAGAAAGGAAUUAGAUGAAAUUGCUGCUGCUUCAUCAGAUAAUUUUAGAGUACAUUAUGUAUUAGAGAAGCCUCCAGAGAACUGGUCAGGUGAAGUUGGUUUAGUUACAAAGGAAAUAAUUCAAAAAUAUUGUCCAAAACCAGCAAAGGAUAUAAAAGUUUUAAUUUGUGGUCCUUUACCGAUGGUUAAAUCAAUGACAGCUGCAACUACUGAAUUAGGCUAUCAGAAGCCUAGAGCUGUUUCAAAAAUGGAAGAUCAAGUUUAUAAAUUUUAAUCCAUGUAAUAUAUCCUUUUUUUUUCUCAUUAUAGCAGCAACACAUAUAUACAUCAUAAUCUUCAUCUCACUCACUCUCUCACUCACUCUCUCACUUACUCACUUACUCACUCACUCUCUCACUCACUUACUCUCUCUCACUUACUCUCUCUCUUUCUUCCACUUUGU